AGUUUCUUGUUUGAAAUUCAAGACAGUGAAAAACCAAACACUCGGAGAGGGUUACUUUCAUUCCUGAAUAGCAUUUUUGAUCCGUUGGGCUUUUUGUCACCUAUUACCUUGUCCGGGAAAAUCCUUCUUCGACAAUCAGUUGGUGCCGAUUGGGAUCAACCAUUAUCAACCACAAUAGAUCACAAAUGGAAAGAGUGGAAAUCAUCUCUACAGUGUUUACAAGACUUGAGAAUUCCUAGGAUGUACUUACCUGUUUCAUUAAGUUGUGUUAACAACAUUGAAUUACAUGUCUUCUGUGAUGCGUCAGAAACAGCGAUUGCAGCAACUGCAUAUUUGAAAAUCACUGGUGAUGACAACGCAAGCCAUUUGGGAUUUAUAUUGGGAAAAGCCAAACUAGCUCCAAUGAAAGUACAUACAAUACCACGGUUAGAACUUUGUGGAGCCGUCCUUGCUUCAGAAAUCGGACAAACUGUUUUAGAACAAUUGGAUGUAAAACCGAAUGUUGUGAAAUAUUACACCGACAGUAAAGUUGUCCUUGGAUACAUUUACAACCAAUCGAAAAGAUUCUAUACAUAUGUGACAAAUCGUGUGAGCAAAAUCUUAAAAGUGAGUUCUACUGACCAGUGGAAUUAUGUACCGACCCAUAAAAAUCCUGCCGACUGUGCGACACGAGGAAACUUUUCGAGUGAACAGCUACAGAAUAGUGAAUGGUUACAAGGACCUCAAUGGCUUUUAGAACAACAUGAAGAAAAUGAGGUUAAUAAGAACUAUAACUUCCCAUUGAUAGAUCCACAGGAUGACAAGGAAAUUCGUCCAGAUGUACAAGUCAUGAAAACCACCACUAAAAUGUCAAAGAACUGUAUAACUGAACUUGCAGAGAAAUUUUCUAAAUGGAAAACCUUUAUCAAAUUUGUCGCCUGUUUAAGACAUGUCAUCAAGUCUUUCAAACACAGAACUCAUUCUUGUUCUGGAUGGCAUAUGUGUGAAAACAGUAUCAGUGUACAAUCCUGUCAGGAUGCUGAAAAAUUUGUGUUGAAAGAAAUACAGAAAGAGUGUUUUAGCAAAGAAAUACUCUCUCUACAAAAUGGAAAAACUGUUUCAAAGGAUAGUCGGAUUUCAACCCUUUCCCCGUUCAUUGACAGUGAAGGUUUACUUCGCGUAGGUGGGAGACUUAAUAAUGUGAAGAAUGUGUUACCUACUGGAGAAAUCAAUCCUAUAAUAUUGCCAAAUAAACAUCAUGUUUCAACACUCCUGAUUCGAUUCUACCAUGAUUCAGUUAGACACCAAGGAAGACAUUUUACCGAGGGAGCGCUUAGAAAGAAUGGCCUCUGGAUUAUUGAUGCAAAACGUGAGGUGUCUUCAUUUAUUCACAGUUGUGUCACGUGUAGAAAACUUCGUGGAAAAUUCGAAUUACAGAAAAUGGCUGAUUUACCCUCUGACAGAAUUACUCCUGGUCCUCCAUUCACCACAGUAGGAGUGGAUACAUUCGGUCCAUGGACAGUUUUAGCAAGGAAGACACGUGGUGGAGUAAUAAACAAUAAACGGUGGGCAAUCAUGUUCAGCUGUUUAACCACACGACACAGGAUGAAUGACCAUCUUUAA